ACCAAAAAAGAUGCUUUGUUAUGCAUUACAGAAUGGUUAUACAAGUGUUCAGUUCAGAAAUUGGUGGUAGUCAUCUCAAAUAUUGAAAGUGGGGAGGUCCUUGAAAGAUGGCAGUUUGAUAUUGAGUGUGACAAGACUGCAAAAGAUGACAGUGCACCCAGAGAAAAGUCUCAGAAAGCUAUCCAAGAUGAAAUCCGUUCAGUGAUCAGACAGAUGACAGCUACAGUGACAUUUCUGCCACUGUUGGAAGUUUCUUGUUCAUUUGAUCUCCUGAUUUAUACAGACAGAGAUUUGGUUGUACCUGAAAAAUGGGAAGAGUCGGGACCACAGUUCAUUACCAAUUCUGAGGAAGUUCGUCUUCGUUCAUUUACUACUACAAUUCACAAAGUAAAUAGCAUGGUAGCCUACAAAAUUCCUGUCAACGACUGAGGAUGAGAUAAAGACAGUAUAAUGUACUUGUAUUCUCAAAUGUGGUUUUCCUGAAACCAAAUCAACUGUAGUUGAUAUGUUUUAUUUCAUUGGUUAAUUUUUAGAUGGAGAAAACUUAACAUUAUGCUUUACUGAAUCUGUGCAUAAUCGUUCCAUUCCUUGGUACCUGUUUCACGUUCCAUAGGGUUGACGUAAGUUAUUGCACACUGUUCCAAAGGGAACUAGCAGAUUACAUCAGCAUUGUAAUGUCAGUUCCUUUGACGAUGGUAACUGUAGAUGGAAAAACUUUUGCGAUACAGCUAAAUGUCUUUCUAAAUCAGACCUUUUGGUCAAGCACCUUGACUCAGAGUAUACAGAAAUAUCUAAAUAUAAAAUAGAGCAAAAGAAAUAUGACUAUUGAGAACAUGUGUUUAGAUCUUGAAAGGAACUAAUGAUAGUCCAUAAGUAAUGAAAUAUUGAUCCUGUUAGGUCCCUUUGCCAUUUAUUUGUAUAGUUUCCAUAUUGAAAAGUUUUCCAAUUAUUUGAUUUUAAUUUAUAUAACUCGAAUCUAUGAAGCCAUGGAUAGUCCUGCUAUUCAAAUUCCUGUGAUACUGAACUUUUCAGAAUGUCUUUUUAUGUUUUAUAAAAUCAAGCUUUAAAUGACAAUGAUGAAAUAAAGUUAAAUGUGUAUGUUCUAAAUUUGUCUUAAAAUAUUCUUAUAUUGGUGUGGUGUUGAUACAGUUAAAUAGUUAUAAUGGAUUCAGUGCAGCAUAUUAUUUCUUGUGCCUACUAUGGUUAGCCUAAGAAUUCAAAGUUGAGUAAGUCUUGAGGUACUUUCACUUUAAUGGACAAGCUUUUAUUGUACCCCCUUCAU